AUGUCAAUGAUCCUAGUAAAAUUCACCCGACUACCCAUCCCACCACACAAAAUCGACACUCACAAUGCCCACGAAUACGAACCCUGGUACGAAGCGGUAGAAAUCAUGCCGGCAAACGAAGCACGAGAAACAUGGACGAAGAUCUCGCGAAAAAUCACCUCCUCGAUUCAUAACCACCAUCGGAAUUACAAGUACUGGAACUAUUUGAUCGAUAAGAUGGAGGUUAUGUGGAAACUUGGCCUUACGCAGACGGCGCCGCAGUUGCUGUAUGCCUAUAGUAAGAAUGAGAAUUAUCUCGAGUUGCAUGAUGGACAGCAUGAGAGAAUUGCUACGGCGUUGAGCUGGCAGAAGAGGGAGAGGGGCGAUUAUAUGCAUGUUACUUAUAAGGCUGGUCCUUCGAGUCAGGGUCAUGUUGGGAUGGUUUCUUUUAUGGAGCCUUAG